AUGAAGGUGCUUGGUUUUUCAAUGGAUUCUUCGCAAGUCCUUUAGAAAAAGAGUAACUAUAUAUAUUAAGGAAUAAUAAAUGAAUUAAAUAUUUUCUAAAGAUAUAUCAAUAAGGUUUCCAUUUAAAGAAUAUAUUUUUAUUUAAAUUAUUGGAGGAGAUUUUAAAGUAUAAAUUAAAUAAACAGACAUCAAAAUUUUAUAUAUUUGAAAAUAAGAUACUAUCAUAUAUCCCAGGAUAAAUAUAAUAUCCUUAAAGUUGUUAUGAUAGACCUGAUUAAUUUUUUGAAUUAAUCUAAUCAAGGGAAUAAAAGCCAUGUAAUUUCUAAAAUGAUUAAAUAACUGAUUUACCAGAUGUUAAAAUUUAAUAUUAAGAUAUCUAUGAAUUUUUAUCAUAAAAUACUAAUUGUUAAUAAUGUCUAUUAGCAGGAUGGAUAAAAAUUUUGGAAAUUAAUAACAAUUCUUAUGAAAUUUAGUUUUUGUUAUUUAAAUUAAUGGGUAGUUUUUAAUAUCCUUAAUUAACUUAAGAAAAUUUAUGUGCAAUUUUUAUUAUUAUACAAUUAUCAACAUAAAUAAAUUAAAUAAUUUUAACUACUUAAAGCUAUACCUUGCUUGUUGUAAAUAUUGAUUUUUCAACCAAUCCUUAUUUAAAGAAAGUAGAAUUUGAAGUGACCAAUGAUAUUUAAUUGUGGCAUUACCUUCUUGUUGAAAAAUCAGAUUAAUUUAUUUCAAUUACUAUUACAUUUUAUUAGGGAUAUAAUUAAGAAAAAUUUAGCUUAGAAGUAGUUUAAUUCUAAAUGGUAUAAUUUAAAUUACUAUAUGGAAAUAUUUUUUAAUCAAAAUCUAACUAUUUAACUCUUCAACUUACAGGUUUUUAAUUUUUUAAUUGUCUUGAUUUUAAUAAUCUUUAGAUAAAUUGUCAUCAAACAUGCAAAGAAUGUUACGGUCCAAAAAAAGAUGAUUGUUUAUCAUGUUAUGAAUACUCAAAUAGAAGAUAUAUAUCAGAAUAUUAAGUUUUAUUUGUGAAUAUUGAACUAUUGAUUAGAAUAAUGAAUGUAUUAAUUAUUAAACAUUAUAAUUAAAUAAAAUUGAUGUCUAAUAAAUUGAAAAAUAAUUUCAAUAUGGUUUUUUGAAAUUAAUGAUGAUUAUUAUAAAUGGUGUAAUUUAUUUUUUAUAUUUAGUCCAUCAAUAAUUACAAAUCCUUUAAUAACAUGUUUAGAAUGUAUUUUAAAUCCAAAUUUAUGGAUUCAUACUCUUCUUUGUUAAACAUCUUUCCUUGUUCAUCAGGAUGGAAGUGUUACUAAAUAUUUUAAUGAAGAAAAUUUAUAAUACGUAUUUGCAGGAGAUGAAUUAAGAUACUGUCUUAAUUGUAAUUUGAAAGCACCAUAUGAUUUAAUUGAAGCAUAAUUAAUAUUCAAAAAUUUCUGCUCUGCAAGUCAAUCAAUAAAUAAAAAUUGUUAUUUGUGUAUGAAUAUAUGUUGA